GGUGGGUGACUGGCAGGGCCGGGCCGACGGGGGACGCGGGGGCGCGCGCGGAGCCGGCGGAAGGAAGCGCGCCGCUGCUGAGCGCGCGCCCGGUGGGGCCGGCCGCGACUCGCCGCUCGCACGCCCUUGGGCCGGGGCAGGGCGCCCGCUGUUCCUUCCGCCCGCUGUGAGAGCUGAGCCGGUGUAUGUGCGGCAAUAACAUGUCAGCCCAGCUGCCCGCCGUCGUCCCCGCCGCCCGGAAGGCCACCGCCGCGGUGAUUUUCCUUCAUGGAUUGGGAGAUACUGGGCACGGAUGGGCAGAAGCCUUUGCAGGUAUCAGAAGUUCACAUAUCAAAUAUAUCUGCCCGCAUGCGCCUGUUAUGCCUGUUACACUAAAUAUGAACAUGGCUAUGCCUUCAUGGUUUGAUAUUAUUGGGCUUUCACCAGAUUCACAGGAGGAUGAACCUGGGAUUAAACAGGCUGCAGAAAACAUAAAAGCUUUGAUUGAUCAAGAAGUGAAGAAUGGCAUUCCUUCAAACAGAAUUAUUUUGGGAGGGUUUUCUCAGGGAGGAGCUUUAUCUUUAUAUACUGCCCUUACCACGCAGCAGAAGCUGGCGGGUGUCACUGCACUCAGUUGCUGGCUUCCACUUCGGGCAUCGUUUCCGCAAGGGCCUAUCAGUGGCGCCAAUAGAGAGAUUUCUAUUCUUCAGUGCCACGGAGAUUGUGACCCUUUAGUUCCCCUGAUGUUUGGUUCUCUUACGGUUGAAAAACUAAAAACAUUGGUGAAUCCGGCCAAUGUGACCUUUAAAACCUAUGAAGGUAUGAUGCACAGUUCGUGCCAACAGGAAAUGAUGGAUGUCAAGCAAUUCAUUGAUAAAAUCCUACCUCCAAUUGAUUGACGUCACUAAGAGGCCUUGUGUAGAAGUACACCAGCAUCAUUGUAGUAGAGAAUAAACCUUUUCCCAUGCCCAGUCUUCAAAUUUCUAAUGUUUGCAGUGUUAAAAUGUUUUGCAAAUACACUCUAGUGACACAGAUCAAAUAAUGUCUCCUCAUGAGAAAUGUAUGAUCUUUUAAGUUUCUAUACAUGUAUUCUUAUAAGAAGAUUCAGGAUAUACCAUAUUAAAGUAGAUGAAGCAGGUAGCUUCUUUUUUCUCAAAUACAAGUCAGCAAAAUAAUAUAGUACAGCCACCAGAUUUUUUAUUACGUCAUUUGAAAAUUAGCAGUAUGCCUAAUGAAAAUUUGUUCAGGUAGAAAUGAGCAGUUAAGAUAUAAACUGUUAGGCAUGCUGUGACUUAGUCUAUGGAUUUAUUCCAAAAUUGCUUAGUCACCAUGCAGUGUCUGUAUUUUAUAUAUGUCUUCAUAUGUACAUCAUGAUUGUAAUACAUGAUAAGAAUGAGGUGGUAUUAUAUUAUUCCUAAUAAUAGGGAUAAUGCUGUUCAUUGUCAAGAAAGAGUAAAUUGUUCUCUUCAAUAAAUGGCCCUUUUAUUUUGGGACCAGGUUUUUCUUUUCCCUGAUAAUAUUUCUAUUUAAUAUUCUUUACUCU